GCGGGCGCGGAGAUGCUUCUGGGAGGAACACCGCGAUGGCUGCCCAGGGAGAGCCCCAGGUCCAGUUCAAACGUGUAUUGGUCGGUGAUGGUGGUACUGGAAAAACUGCAUUCGUGAAACGUCACUUGACCGGUGAAUUUGAGAAGAAGUGUGUAGCCACCCUGGGUGUUGAGGUCCAUCCCCUCGUGUUCCAUACCAACAGAGGUCCUAUUAAGUUCAAUGUAUGGGAUACAGCUGGCCAGGAGAAAUUUGGUGGACUGAGAGAUGGUUAUUACAUCCAAGCCCAAUGUGCCAUUAUAAUGUUUGAUGUAACAUCAAGAGUUACUUACAAGAAUGUGCCUAACUGGCAUAGAGACCUUGUACGAGUAUGUGAAAACAUCCCCACUGUGUUGUGUGGCAACAAAGUGGAUAUUAAGGACAGGAAAGUGAAGGCAAAAUCUAUUGUCUUUCACCGAAAGAAGAAUCUGCAGUACUAUGACAUUUCUGCCAAAAGUAACUACAACUUUGAAAAGCCCUUCCUCUGGCUUGCACGAAAGCUCAUUGGAGACCCUAACUUGGAGUUUGUUGCCAUGCCUGCUCUUGCCCCACCAGAGGUUGUCAUGGACCCAGCUUUGGCAGCACAGUAUGAGCAUGAUUUAGAGGUUGCUCAGACAACUGCUCUUCCGGAUGAGGAUGAUGACCUGUGAGAGAGAAGCUGGAGACCAGCGUCAGAAGUCUAGUUUUAUAGGCAGCUGUCCUGUGAUGUCAGCGGUGCAGCAUGUGUGCCACUUUAUUAUCUAGCUAAGCAGAACAUGUGCUUCAUCUGUGGGAUGCUGAAGGAGAUGAAUGGGCUUCGGAGUGAAUGUGGCAGUUAAAAAAAAUACCUUCAUUGUUUGGACCUGCAUAUUUAGCUGUUUUGGAACGCAGUUGAUUUCUUGAGUUUCAAAUAUAAGACUGCUAUAGUCACAUCACAACAUUCGGUGGUGAAAUCUUGUUUGUUACUGUCAUUCCCACUCCUUUUUGUUUAGAAUCAGAAUAAAGUUGUAUUUCAAAUAUCUAAAAAAAAAAAAAAAAAAAAAAA